AUGAGGAUUAUCUCCUGUCAGUCAACCCUUGUGGCUGUCGUUGUGGUCACACUCACUGUGGUGUCCUACGCUGAAGCCAAGACUACACAGAAGCCGAAGUACCAGUACACCAAGAAGCCCCUCCCUCAAAUCCCUGUGCACAGCCCUGUUACCACCAGCAUUCCCAAGUCUCUCAAGACAGUGCCGAGUGCAAAUCCUGUGAAGCCCCAACCACGGCCCACCACAGAGAGGACCACGUAUCCAAAUCACAUCUAUCCGCAGUACCACACGGAGAGCACCGAGCCCCCUGGUGCUGGUCCUGACAAUUACACUCUCGACUACAGCGAGUGCUACUUCAACUUCUGUGAGUGCUGUCCACCUGAGAGAGGCCCCAGGGGGCCAAAGGGAGACAGAGGCCUGGAAGGUGAUGCUGGCUCAAAAGCUGAGAAAGGUGAAAUAGGGUUGCGAGGUGUCAAAGGUGAUGGUGGGGGGAAAGGGGAACCUGGCCAGAAUGGGACUGCUGGUGAGAAAGGAGAACCAGGAACAGAGGGGCCAGCUGGACCUCCAGGAGUGGCUGUUGAGACAGGUCCUAAAGGAGACAAGGGGGAUAGGGGGGAGUGUGGCACUUUUGGAGAGAGAGGACCGAAAGGUGAUCGAGGGGAUACGGGAUCUCCUGGCAUUCCAGGAGGGAUGGGCAUUCCAGGAAUGAACGGCAAGCAUGGCUCCCCAGGUCCUGUGGGCGUCCGUGGGGAUCAGGGGCCUCUAGGACCACAAGGAGAACCAGGGCUUCGAGGACCUCAGGGACCACAAGGCAUAAGGGGGAUGCUUGGGCCAAAAGGGGACAGAGGUUUCCAUGGGAAGAGAGGUGAGCGGGGCAUUCGUGGAUUCAAAGGAUCAAAGGGAUCGGAGGUUCUCCAGAAACGCUCAGCCUUCAGUGUAGGUAUCUCUCCAAGAAAGUCCUUCCCUCCCUCUGGCUUCCCGAUCCGCUUCGACAAAGUCUUCUACAACGAAGAGAAUCACUUCAAUGUCACUUCCAACAGCUUCACAUGCGUCCACGCCGGGGUUUACGUCUUCUCCUUCCACAUCACUGUACGCAAUCAGCCACUGCGCGCCACGCUGGUAGUAAACGGGUCACGGCGGGUAAGGACGCGGGACUCUCUGUAUGGUCAAGACAUCGACCAGGCGUCCACGCUCGUGGUGCUGCAGCUGGCGGUGGGUGAUCAGGUGUGGAUGGAAACGCUCAGAGACUGGAAUGGGGCAUACGCCAGCAGUGAGGAUGACAGCAUCUUCUCCGGGUUCCUGCUUUACUCAGACACAGCCUGAUCCUCUUACGGGAAUGUUCAACCUUGUUCCCUGAGAAGGGACAAAUACUCGUGGUGCUACACUCCACUCAUUACUUAUGAACUGCUCAAAACGUGAACAGCACACACGUAUGAAACUUUAAAGACUGUCAAUGUCAAGAUCAUGUUAUUGUACUAUUAUCCCAUUAUAUUACCUGUCAUUUCUGAAUAAAAAUGAAAGUAUUGUUUGCUGUUGGUAUAUUUAUUCACAACGUUUCCAUCCGCA